AUGUACGAGAUGCCACAUAUGUCCUCCAUCUACCACACUGCUGAAUUCGUCAUCUCAGCCCAAAGCGCAGCAAACGUGCAUGAGGGCUUUCUCGACUUAGGAUGCGGAGUCAACGCACCUUCCAAACGCGUCGAAGUGCCUUUCUGUAUGCCAGAUGGUACUUCCCGAACGAUCAAACUCUCAAUCCGAAGACAACAGGAGCAGUAUUUCGAGGUACCUGCACAUCACUCCGGGCUCGCCAUGGAUGCGGAGCUUGUCCCACUAAAAACCGCGCCUGGGUUCAACAGGAAUCGUUUUUGGCACGAUCUAUACUACAUAAAAGACAUAAGAAAAGCGCCUAAGCGCUGGAAGUCUAUCUACCACAACAAUUUAUGGAAAAUCGCCACCCUAGUCAAAGAUAUCGGAGUAAGCGAGUUCUAA